GCUACAUUCAAUUUAUAAAGAGCGAAAAUGGUGCGACGCGCAGGACGACGCGAACGUUUAAAAAGAUUAAGAAGAGCAUUAAAACAGUUCAGAGAGAUGCCAGAGCAAAAAGAAAUGAUAAUAGUAGAAGAAAAAGCACCACUACCACGAUGGAGGUUAAUUACAAUCGACAUUCCAGAAUUCGACUGGAAAACCUAUAGAAAGUCGGAAAAAGGUGACCCGAGAAGAAAUCAAGGAAAAAUAAUUAAAUAUUUUGGAGUCCUAUCAGCAUCCCCAAGGAACAGCGAAGAGAAAUGCCGCUGCGCCCUUUGCCACCUCAGAAGACGCAACCACAGUCUCUUGAGGACAAGAGACAAACGCACGGGGGAAGCUGUAACGACCCGUUAAGAAGACCCAGCACCUUUUUCAUUUCGUUGU